UCUACUAUAAUAGAAGUGUGUUUUACAAUGAUCCAUUGGCUGAACUAAAAUAAUUUUGAGGGUCCAGUGUGUGAUCAUUUCUAGUGGAGCUAUCUGUAAAUCUAAAAGGGCCAGAGAUGUGAUUUGCUCAUACAGUUUUUGUGUUCCCUUCUUUUUUUCACACAAGUUAAAAUUUCCAACACCUUCUCUAAACUCUCAUAUCCACUGUACAAUUAGUUAAUUUCUCAAAAGCAUAUGCAGAGAGCUUCUUAACUUUUAUGAGAGACUCCGAAGGAAGGGCAUUACUCAUCAUGGAGCUUCCUUCAAAUUUUCAAGUUAUGUUUCUUUUAGUCCUUAUCUUCGUUCCUCUCUGUGUAUCAUCACAUCCAGAAACUUUGCAAGAGAGUUUCGAUCAUUUUUCAUUGCCAGACAACUUUCUCUUCGGCAUGGCCUCCUCUUCUUAUCAGUUUGAAGGUUCUUAUCUUAGUGAUGGUAAAGGUUUGAGCAACUGGGAUAGGCAUACCCACACACCAGGAAAAAUAAUUGAUGGAAGCAAUGGAGAUAUAGCUGCGGACCAAUACCAUCUCUAUCCGGAAGACAUCGAUUUAAUGGACUCCCUUGGAAUCGACAGCUAUAGGUUCUCGAUUUCAUGGGCACGAAUUCUACCCAGAGGGAGAUUCGGAGAUAUCAACAAGGCUGGUAUUAGCUACUAUAACAAGCUUAUCGAUUCUCUCGUGCUUAAAGGAAUCCAACCAUUUGUGACAUUAGUUCAUUAUGAUAUACCUGAAGAACUGGAGGAGAGAUAUGGUGGAUGGCUAAGUCCUCGAUGCCAGGAGGAUUUUGGAUAUUAUGCAGAUAUUUGUUUCAAGAAUUUCGGAGAUCGAGUGAAGUACUGGACCACCUUCAAUGAGCCAAAUAUACAAACUAUUAAAUCCUAUCGAUCAGGUGAAUACCCACCAUGUCGCUGCUCCAGCCCUUUCGGAAAUUGCACUCAUGGGGAUUCAGAGAAGGAACCCUUUAUUGCAGCACAUAAUAUGAUUUUAGCACAUGCAACAGCAGUUGAUGUUUACCGAACUAAAUACCAGAAAGAGCAAGGAGGCAACAUUGGAAUUGUCUUAGAUUGCAUGUGGUUUGAACAAAUAAGCAAUUCCACAGCAGACAAGUUGGCCGCUGACAGAGCUCAAGACUUCUUCCUGAACUGGUUCUUGGACCCCAUCAUAUUUGGAAAUUAUCCCGCAGAAAUGUCUAAAAUUCUAGGGUCUACUUUACCGAAAUUUUCAAGUAAUGACAAAGAGAAACUGAAGAACGGACUGGAUUUCAUUGGCAUCAAUCAUUACACCAGUGAAUACGUCCAAGACUGCAUCUUCUCCGUCUGUGAACCCGGAACAGGAGCCUCCAGGACAGAAGGGCUUGCCCGGAGAAGCCAAGAAAAAGAUGGAGCUCCCAUCGGCAUACCUACUGAUGUGGACUGGCUGCAUUUUUAUCCACAAGGAAUGGAGAAGAUGGUUACCUAUAUAAAGAAGAGAUACAAUAACAAACCAAUGAUCAUUACAGAGAAUGGGUAUGGCCAGCAGAACAAUCCAAACCUCACUAUUGUUUGUCAUGAUAUAGAAAGGGUGGAGUUUAUGUCUAACUACUGGGAUUCCUUAUUGACAGCAAUGGAGAAAGGAGCAGAUGUGAGGGGAUAUUUUGCCUGGUCGUUGCUUGAUAAUUUUGAGUGGACAUAUGGUUAUACACAAAGAUACGGACUUUACCAUGUUGAUUUCACUACACUGAAGAGAACUCCAAAAUUAUCAGCUACUUGGUUCAAGGAAUUUAUAGCGAGGUAUAAGGUAGACAAAUCACAAAUGUGAGCUGUGAUGAGGACUGCUCCCCCUUGAACACAGAAGUUCACAUUCCGAAGGAUAUCCCCUCUGUGUAGCUCAAUUGGGAAAGAAAAUCCAGCACAUAUUACUAAUAUGUGUUGACCAAGAAUGACUCUAGAAGCAAAAUAAAAUCUUAGCAGAAUCUAAGUUUAUUUACGGUAUCAGAGUUUGUUUACUAUUGUUAUUCUAAUGGCUAUCUUUUAUGUAAUAAAAAAUCAAAUAUGCUUGGAAAAUAUCUUGCAAUUCUGUUUUUUCUUAUUAUAUAAAUAAACAUAUUGAAAUUCAAUAAA